CUAAGGGGUGCUAACAUCCCUGACCUUGUCAAUGUGUUCAUACCAUACACAAUUAUAAAUGAACCAAUAGAGAUAUGUUUGUAAUUUCAUGUAUGUGUGUUUCUUACAGACAGGGAAAGCAUCAGUAAAAUCCAAUAGCAGGAGGAUCAUCAAACAUGUAUAUAUAAAGCAGAAUUGUCUGAGAGUGCAAAUAACCAAAAAGAAACAUGCAGUCCCUUCUUCAAAAUGAGGACUCCCAAACAUGCCCUCAAGGAUGCUGCCCAACCUCAUUGUUCAACUCAUCACCACUCUCUCAUAUCAAAACAACAAGCAAACCCAGAAACAGUUCUUCAGAGUCCCGCCACAGCUUCGCGGCAACAACAGCAUCCUCUAUCUUUCCAAACACAAAAUUUACCAACCAUGAGUCUCUUCCAUCUCUGCAGGAAUCAUUCAGUGAAUUCAGCAAAGUGUUCCCUCAAUACUCUGAGACUGAGAAAGUGGACCGUUUGAGAGGCAACGAGUAUUAUCACCUCUCUUUCUCUAACCAGUCUUGCCUUGAUUACAUUGGUAUUGGCCUCUUUUCCUACUACCAACGUCAUCAGCACCAUGAAGCUUCAAAAAUCCAACUUGCUUCUUCUUCUUCAACUCCUCAAACUCAAACACCUCAAUCUCCAAAUUUUUCAGAUAUUCCCUUCUUUAGUAUAUCUUACAAGACUGGGAAUCUGAAGACUUUGUUGCUCCAUGGUGGGCAGGAGUCAGAGUUUGAGUCUGCAAUGAGGAGAAGAAUAAUGGGGUUCCUUAACAUUUCUGAAAGUGACUACUUCAUGGUUUUCACAGCAAACAGAACAUCAGCUUUCAAACAUGUUGCAGAUUCAUAUCCUUUCCAAUCUUGUAAGAAACUUCUGACAGUUUAUGACUAUGAGAGUGAGGCUGUGGAAGCAAUGACCAGUUGCUCAGAGAAGAGAGGAGCCAGGGCUAUGUCAGCAGAGUUCUCAUGGCCAAGGCUCAGGCUUCAGUCAACAAAGUUGAGGAAGAUGAUUGUUAGUAAGAAGAAGAAGAAGAAAAAGAGGGGUCUUUUUGUAUUCCCACUUCACUCCAGGGUAACAGGAGCCAGAUAUCCCUAUCUGUGGAUGAGCACAGCACAGGAGAAUGGUUGGCAUGUGUUGAUUGAUGCUUGUGCAUUGGGACCAAAAGACAUGGACAGCUUCGGCCUCUCCCUCUUUCGCCCGGACUUUCUCAUUUGUUCCUUCUACAAGGUUUUUGGAGAAAAUCCAUCUGGGUUUGGAUGCCUUUUUGUCAAGAAAACUGCUAUUUCCAUUCUUGAAUCCUCCUCUUGUGCAGGAAUUGUCAACCUUGUACCAGAAAGGCAGCUACUACAACAGGUAUCAGAGGAUUCUUCUGGAUAUAAUGAUGUAAAAAUUGACCAAAAGUGCUCAACAUCUACUUUUCAAGAGCAAGAAUUAUCUUCCUUGAGUUCUUUCUCUGGUAGGAUACAGAUCCCACAGUCUGUGAAAGUCGAAGGACAACUAUCUGAGCUUCAGAUGACAGUGGUACCUGAAGAACCAAAAGCUCCUGAAGGUUCUGGAACUGCAGAAUCACAACAAAAUAAGAAUGUAAAGGAUAGUGAAGAUGGGAGCUUUUCUAUUGAAUGCAGGUGCUUGGAUCAAGUGGACUCUUUAGGAUUAACAAUGGUCACCAACAGAACAAGGUACCUGAUAAACUGGCUGGUGAACUCAAUGCUGAAGCUAAAGCAUCCUAACGCAGAAGGGGUUCCCCUGGUCAAGAUUUAUGGCCCAAAGAUAAGAUUUGAUAGGGGUCCUGCUUUGGCAUUCAAUGUGUUUGAUUGGAAAGGUGAAAAGGUUGAGCCUGUUCUUGUACAGAAACUUGCUGAUAGAAGCAACAUAUCUCUGAGCUAUGGGUUCCUGCAUCAUAUCUGGUUUGCAGAUAAGUAUGCAGAAGAGAAGGGAAGAGUAUUGCAGACCAAAGAAGGAAGAGGCCAGGGAGUAACUAACAAGAAGAAGAAAGACAGAGAUAACAUGGGAGUGACAGUGGUUACUGCUGCACUAAGUUUCCUGGCUAAUUUUGAAGAUGUAUAUAAAGUCUGGGCUUUUGUUGCUCGGUUCCUUGAUGCAGAUUUUGUGGAGAAGGAGAGAUGGAGAUACACAGCUCUUAAUCAGAAAAGAAUUGAGGUUUAGUUCCAUAAAUUUAAUAUAUUCUUCUGGGUUGUGGAUCAUAGAAGACUCGAGAUUGUGAAUUUGGAUGAAGAAUUUAUGUUGAUUCUCCAAAGAAAAAUAAUUAAACUUUUCUUUUCAUUUGUCUGAUGAGUUCAUAAACUACAUAGACAAUUCAUCAAUCAAAUAUAUUUACUUGUA